CAAAGACAGAUGGAAAAUAUCACCAUCCAACCUCUUCUCACUCCCUACAAACUUGGUAAAUUCAGUCUUUCUCAUAGAAUUGUAUUGGCACCAUUGACUAGACAAAGAUCGUACAACUACGUUCCUCAACCACAUGCCAUUCUAUACUACUCCCAGAGAACUUCCCAAGGAGGUCUUUUAAUCUCUGAGGGUACUGGAGUUUCUCAUACAGCUCAAGGGUUUGCAGAUUCACCUGGUAUAUGGUCAAAAGAGCAAGUUGAGGCCUGGAAACCCAUUGUUGAUGCUGUUCAUGCCAAAGGUGGAAUUUUAUUUUGUCAGAUUGCGCACGUUGGAAGGGUUUCCAAUAGAGAUUUUCAGCCAAAUGGACAACCUCCAAUCUCUUCUACUGAUAAGCCAUUGUCCGACGUCGCAGAGUACUCACCUCCGAGGCCAUUACAGACCGAUGAAAUCCCUCAAAUUGUAAAUGAUUUCAGAAUUGCAGCAAUGAAUGCUAUGGAGGCCGGUUUUGAUGGUGUUGAGAUUCAUGGAGCUCACGGCUUCCUAAUAGAACAGUUUUUGAAAGAUCAAGUGAAUGAUCGAACAGACCAAUAUGGCGGAUCACUAGAAAACCGUUGCCGAUUUGCCUUGGAGAUUGUUGAAGCCAUUGUCAACGAAGUAGGAGCAGAUAAAGUCGGAAUAAGGUUAUCUCCCUAUGCAGAUUACAUGGAAGCAGCAGAUUCGAAUCCGGAAGCAUUAGGCCUCUACAUUGUUGAGGCCUUGAACAAAUUUGGAAUCCUCUACUGCCAUAUGGUGGAACCAAGAAUGAGAGUGGUAGAACGGAUUGAAUGUGUUCACAGUCUCGUGCAAAUGAGAAAGGCUUUUAACGGCACCUUCAUUGCUGCCGGAGGCUAUGGUAGAGACAAUGGAAACGACGCUGUGGCUGAGAACCGCGCGGAUCUUGUUGCAUACGGCCGAUUGUUUUUGGCCAAUCCGGAUUUGGCAAGGAGAUUUGAGCUUGAUGCCCCUUUGAAUCUGUAUGACAGGAAUACAUUUUAUACAUCUGAUCCAGUUAUUGGCUACACUGAUUAUCCAUUUCUUGAAGCUAAUGGCAAUCCCUAA